AUGUCUUCUGCCGGAGGUGCUCGCCCUCUCAAGCGCCAACGAGAGGAUACGGACGACGGCGGCACCACCGGAGGCCCGCCGGCCGCUAAACGCGGAACGACAGCUCACGCUGUCGCGUCCUCGGACCUGGAGGACUGGAAUGCCGCGGUCCAGUCCCUGCAGACUGCCCGGAUCCCCAUCCCACCUCCACGCGUCCUGGAGCAGUGCCGCGCCCACUACCAGUCGUUCCUCGCGGAAUACGACCGGGCGCUGGACACUCUCCACCGUGCCGAACAGCGCCUUACGCUGUUCGAGCAACAGGCCGCCGGCGACGGGACCCCGCGCGUCAUCUCUGACGCGCUCAAGAUCCCCAACGUCCAGGUCUUCCGCGACGCCGUCAACGUUGAGCUCAACGAGAUCGUCGCGGCCGCCCGGGCCAAGGCCGAGGCCGACCUCGCCAUCGUCCACAAAAGCGCCAUCGCUUAUGUGCGCGCCAAGUACACCGCCCAAGUCGCGGUGUACCGGGACGGCGUCAACGUCGCCCAGCGCGCUGAUGCCUUCGAGGUAUGCCUGCAGGCAUACGCCCAAGGCAUCAUCGAAAGCGCGCCAGGCGGCGGAGAAAUCCAGAAAUGGAAUGCCGCCAUCUCACGCCUCCGCGCCGCGAUCUACGAGACCAUGAGCAAUCAUGGAUACGAUUUCGCGGAGAAGCUGCGCGAGGACACCGCCCGGAAGGACGCAAAAGCGACCGCAGUCGCGACCGCGCGGGCGAAGGCCGAAACCGAGGAGGCUGCAAAGCCUGUCGGGGAGCUUAUCAAGGAACAAGUAGACGAACGACUGGUGGAACUCGAAAAGCAAGUCAAGUCCCUCGCGGCUUCCCACACGCCAGCUACGGCCCCACCGGCGGCGACGUCAUCAUCGACGACGCCCAGACCGAACGGGAAACCACAGCCAGCCCCCCACAAAAGCCAACGCGGCUCGGGCUCGGGCGGCGGGAAGCCACCGGCAAAAAACGGAAACGGCGCCGUCGCGGACAGCAAGAAGACCCCCAAAGCAGGCAAGGCCAAGCGCCAGACCCAGGGGAGACAGAAGACCACUACGCGCUGA